AGCCUGCGAGGAGGAGGAGGAGAGAGAGAGAGAGAGAGAGAGAGGUGCGUCCAGGCAGACCGACUGAAAAGAGUGUAUGUGCAAACUGGGAUGAGUAAAUGCACUGGACGACUUAGCUGUUGAUACAGCCCGAACGAGUGUGUGCGUGCACGAACGAGAGAGAGCGAGCGAGUGCGCGAGCGUGAGAGAGAAGAAGUGAAGGGGAGAAAAGGGCCAAGAAAGAAGCUGAGAAGAGAAAAGGGAGGAUACCACAUCUACAACUAUGCUGUGCUGCAUAAGAAGAACCAAACCGGUGGAGAAGAACGAGGAUGCGGAUCAGAAGAUCGAGCAGGAUGGCACUGCCAACAAACCGGAGGACAAGGCCCAUAAGGCUGCAACCAAAAUACAGGCCAGCUUCCGAGGACACAUAACUCGGAAAAAGAUGAAAGACGGAGAGGAAGAGAAGGAAGACAGUCCUGCCGCCCAGGAAGCAACAGAGGGUGGAGAGGAGGCGAAGAAAGCGGAGGGCGAGGAGGCCCCUGCAAAGGAGGAGGUAGCUGCAGGAGAGGAGGGCAAGAAGGAAGAGGACACGAGCCAAGCCAAAAGCCCGGUGGCGGACAAGCCGGCUAACUCGCCGGCAGCUCCAGCUGCCACGUCUCCCGUAGCGGCAGCGCCCGUUGCGUCUCCCACGGCGCCUUCAGAGCCCAAGAAAGAGGAGCCGAAGGUGGAGGAGAAAGCUGAGGAGAAGCCCAAAGAGGUGGAGGCCCCAGCUGCAUCAGCCAAGAGUCCCACCACAGCCACAGCUGAGGAAAAGAAGGAGGAGAAGUCGGAGGAGGCCAGACAAGCCGACGUGCCUGCUGCUGUCAGCCCGACAGCUGAGAAGGAGGAGCCUAACCAAACAAAAGAAAAAGAUGCUGCAGAGGAGUCUAAACCAGAGGAGGAAACCCCAGCAGACGCUGAGGCCGCCGAAUCCAAGGAUGACUGAAGACAAAGUUCAACCUAAACCCAAUUAUGAGUAUGAAUGAUAACACAACAAAACAAAAUUCUAAAAAAAAAAAAAAAAAAGGUUGCUCUUUGCCAUCCCAAUGUGAAGGGAGUCUGUUUUUAUUUGUUUGUCAUUUUCUGUGUGGCAAUGAUUUUCUCAUGUCGGGGGAGUUUCCAGCGUGAAGUUUUUUGGCUCAAGCUUAUACGGUGAAGAUGUUGAUUGUGACCUUGAAGUCGAUGAGAACGCUCUGACGUUAAACAGCUUUAUUAUUUAUUGUGACCUACUCAACGGUGGAAUGAACACUUCCAACUGGAUCGUGACACAUUUAACGCGCACUGUAAAUGCAUCUUACUCUACUUGCAUUGAAAUGCACUUCCUUUAAACCCAUCUUACCAACCAAGUCAAUAACCCCUAGAAUGGACACACGAAACAAGCUGGUUUUGAAUGCAUCACUUGUGUAUUGGAAACACGGCAAACACGUAGUAUACCGGUAUUUGAUAUGAAUAGAAUGUAAAACUGAAUGUGUGACAUCUCCAGUUUGGCAGCUGCAUCAUCCAUCUGAAAAAAACCUACACUUAGAUAUCUACUACUUUUUCCAUUCAAGUCUCUCUGUUUACUCACAUUUACAGUGAAGGACCUGUUGCCAUUUUAUGAUCAUAGUAUUAAUUAUAGAAAUCUGCUAUAGAAUUUAUGUAACUGGACAAUAGACGUCUUGCCACGCAAACAUGAGAACAGCAGCAUGAACCAUUGAACCAGAUGCAUGAUGGGAACUCUCCCACAGAGAGGAACUUUUUCGCAGUCACAAAUACUUAAGAGGUGUGGCGGCUUCUUUUUGAUGUCUUUGGUGUUGUUAUGGCAGUUUAUAUCAAUUGGGGAUAUAUUAAAAAAAUACUCUUGCACAAAUGUAAACCGAAAAUGCAAACAAACAAGUUGAAAAAAAAAGAACAAAAAAAGAAUUUCCUAUGUUUCAGUGAGUGCAAUGUCCAGUUUCAACCUAUCAAGGAAUUCAAACUUGUGAGAAAAAAAAAAUUAAAAUGGUUUCAAUGUCUGUUUUCAAAAUAAAGCAAAUGUGCCAAUUACCAUCA